AUGGCGGGCCUCCACCGUUCGUCCAGCCGGAACGUGCUCCCGCCGCAGGAGCUCCUCGAUGACCUCUGCAGGUUCCUCCGCCCUCACCUCUCUACGAUUCGGCUUUGUUCUUAGCGAAUGAAUUUCUCCUCGUUAAGGUUAGAGUUCCGGGAAGGUCGAUGGAGACCGACGUGAUUCGCUAUUUCGAUCUCACGGAGCGUUACGUGGUCCACGCUCUGCGGAGGAUUAGUAUGACCCGCGAUUUUGUCACACAAGCAUUCGAGUACGGUUUUUGCGCGCCGUUGUUCUAGUUUAACACUUGCCACAGACCCUUGGAGGACACUGAAGCGUCACGAAUUCUGAGUCUAUUUUGAAAAGCUUGGACUUAUGCUGUGUGGGCUGUGUACGUAGGCGGUUUGGUUCAAACAAUGGCGAUAGUAGAUAGCUGGAACAGGAAGCUUUUGUUAUGUAACUGGAGACGUUCUUUCAUUGCAGUAAAUUGACCACCCUUCUGGGGACAUACGAGUAGUUCGAAAUGUACUUAUUUAUUGGGUGUGAAAUCAAGAUUUUCAGACGCCAUGUUUACCGCUGACUUUAAUGGGUACGUGCCUAUUACAAGAUAAUAUGAAAUUAUAGUACUUGGAAUAGGUUUCUAGCCUUCAUGAUGGUCAAAAGGAAAAUAUCUACGUGAGAUGCGGGAAAGUUUGGUCUUGAUACGUAACGGGGGGAAAGAAAGAUAUAAAGAAAGGAAGAAAGAAUGAAUGACCAUCCGGGGAAGUUGAAAAUCAGGGUACUUGGGAAGUUGAAAAUCAACACUAUCUGUACAUAAUAAGUCUUGCCUUGUGAGAAGCAAGACAAUCUACAAAUAGUUCCAAUGACUGAUAUACUUUUUACUAAACACCAAAGAAAGCAAGCAUUGAAAAAUAGUUUUGAGUUGUUGAAAUGCAUACAUGUCGCUAUUGAUUAAAAUACUGUCCGACUUCAUGCACAUUUCACUCGUUUGCAAGGGUAUAUCUGGCACUCCUGCAUAUCUUAAAGAGAAAGCAGCUCUUUUUUUACCCAUUUUUGAAGAGUUGGUUGCGGACAGGGUGCAUUGAUGAGGGGUUGUUCAGAUAUGUGGUCUAUAGGUUCUAGGUUAUGGGUUCUUAGGGUCAUGUGUUGUCUCAACAUAUGAUACUUUUUGUCACGUCACCUGUUGAUUGGUUCUUUUAAAACUACAUCUUUGUGCGAUGUGGCCGCUGACUAGACUAGGGAUCAAUUCGGAUGAUUUAGUGGCAACAGCAGCGAGACAAAAUGGAGAUUUACAUAUAACCCCCAUUUCAUUUUCCAGUUCGUUGGAUUACCAAUGGAAAGUUGCCACUUGGACAUGUAGCUGAGAGUUAACUCCCAUAGGAUAAACAUGACAUCCAAAUCAAUUGUGCUAUCCUACAUGGUUCAUAAUGUUAAUGUUAGUUUGAAUUGUAGUUGAUCGUACAGUUGUCCAUAAAGCACGGAAAACUAAGACUGAUGUAGAUUUCAGCCAUCUGAACUAUUUUCUUUUACGUUAAACACUUCCUACUGUUAUUAAGUAAGAUUAGGCGGUGAAAAAAGUGCAUCUGAUAAAUGGAUACGGUGCUUUGUAAUAUGAUCAAUUAGAGAUCAAUUUUUUGUUCCCAUAUUUCUAUCCUGUUAUAGUUUUUGAGCGCCUCCACUCACAUUUUGGAAGUCUUUCUUUAUUUAGUUCACGGAUAGCAUGGCGAUUUGAUCAUAUAUUUAUUUUUUGGAUAUUGGAUUUUAUUUUCAACCUAACUGCGAUUAUCGAUCUUCUAUUGCAGCCGUUUUGUUUUGAACGUCCCAAAAGAAGAUCUGGAGUCUUUUGAGAGGAUCUUAUUUCUUGUGGAACAAGCGCAUUGGUUUUAUGAGGACAAUUCUGUUGAACAGAAUCCAUCAUUGAAGUCACUAUCACUGAGGGAGUUCACAAGUUUGAGUAUCCUGGAUACCUGAUAAUUAGUUUUUCCGAUAUUUAUUUCUUGAGCUCUUGGGGGAUUGGAAAUCAGUAGUGAGGUGAGAAUUGUCUUUGUUGCGAUUCUCUCUUCUACAAUGAUGAUUUACUCGAUCAAGCCAAAAACACCAAGCAAAUGCUCCAUAAAGCUGCUGGCUUGCUCUGGAUGUUUUGUAGUUGGUUACAUAAAGGUCCUGGACAUCUUAUCAGAAAGCUAUAGUGGAAUAUCCACGGAGUAAUGCUAACGGAAUUGUGAAAUAAAAGAACGACAAACAUAGAAACCAUUUUGAAUGUUAGGAACUUAAUGUGAAAAUGGCAUAUUAGAAUUCAAAUUUUUCUUGUCAGCGUCCUUGUAUUUUUGGAUAAAUUUUACAACUUCUGAGCUAUUUAGAGAAGAGCAAAAGGAUUAUGUUUUAAAUUAAAUCCUGGUGCAGAAACUUGUUUUCAUCAUCGUUUCAUUGCUUCUCAGUUUUUUAAAGUGUGUAAUGUUACUUACGAAAACAUAAAAGAAUAAGCUCAGUAAUAAAGACUAGAAAUAAGCUCAGUUACCCAAUUGUUGGAAUGACAUUUUUUUUCUAAGCGAACAUCUUAUUUUUAUUUUUCAUCGUUUCCUUAAUCCAUCUAGUGUUUAAUAGCUGUGCUGCACUCAGGCCUUAUAUUGCACAUAUUGAUGAUAUAUACAAAGAUUUCACUUCAUACAAGUAUCGUGUGCCUGUGACUGGGGCAAUCAUUUUGGACGAAUCUUAUGACAAGGUAAUUCCAUUAGAUCAUUACUUUCCCGUUCGAAGUUUCGAAUCUACUCUUGCAACCAAGUUUCCAUGAUUUCUGCCUUAAUCCAUCGAAACUAUUUCAGCCCUUUUUUUCUUCAGAAGAAGUCGCAGUUGUCAGCAUACAAUUUUGAUGUAUACAUUGGUUGAACAGUUUUUAAAAGCAUUUCCCUGUUAUAUACUACCUGCAGCAGCUACCUUGGUAUUGAUUAAUAAUUCAUGGAUAGCAUCCUUACCAAGGCUGCCUAUAAUAUUUGUAGUGCCUACUGGUAAAAGGAUGGAAACCUGGUUCAAGCUGGAGUUUUCCUCGUGGAAAAAAGAACAAAGAUGAGGAGGACCAUACUUGUGCCAUCCGAGAGGUACUGAUUUUAUGGAUCUUUGAUAUUCUUGCUUCGUAAAUUGAAACUUAUUUUUGCAAUUUUUCAUAAUAAAAGUUUCUGCAUUUCGCUUGUCUUUUUCGUUUAUAUGCAUUUCUUUUUAAGGAUGGUAUGAAUGCUAGGCCUACCUCAUUGAUCUUUAAGUUGUUAAUAAUGAUGUCCUAUAUUCUAUGGAAUAUUUGGUUUUGAAUUUACUAAAUAUGAGUCAUAACACAUGAUUCCAUAUAAUUCGUUACUCUCUGGAUUUAUCUGUUCCUUUUUUCCAGAAAUCAAUGAAAAACUCCUAGUUUGCAAUACCUCUCUGAGAGAGGGAAAAAAAAGCAACGUGUUACUCACGAUGCUGAUGACUUCAAACACCAUUUAUUGCAAUAUGGAAAUUAAAUUUUUUGGGUAAAACCCAAAAUUAUCAUCAGAUUAGUAGUACAACUGUGUGAAGACUAAAACCCAAAAACUUUCAGGUCUGGGCCAAGACGAGAUUAAAUUAAUAAUCUUCCCAAAAUAAUAGAAUCAUCUUUGCACCCCCCCCCCCCCCAAGAAAUCUCACCCGCUCUCUUGUCUUGGCAAAUACUCAAGUGAAAACUCUAUCAGCCGUGAUUCUUUAUUUCAGUAUACCUAUUUCCCUCUGUCCAAAUCCUCAGGAGUACAGCAUGAAGAAUGAGCCAGCAUAUAUUUCGAUCCACUUCCUGCGAACAGAGUCCCAAAUCCCGUCUUUGCCAAUGCUUAUCAAUCAGGCUUGCAAGUUGUCGUUGUACACCUAGGGUAAAGUAUAACGAGUGUCGAAGCUCUAGGAAGAGAAAGAACGACCAAGAAACAAGCGUGUUAAUUAUUCUUCUUCCUCGCCACGUUGACUGCAUACAUAUUCUGAAAGUUGUACCCGAAAGAUCGCAUGAAGUAGAUCCUCCUUACUACAGCUUAUAUCAUGGCAGAUCCUCCUUACCAGAGUCCACACUCUGAAAGAAGAAGGAAUUUUUCAAAACCCAAUGCGCUACUUGGAACCAAUGGCACCAUUGACAAUUAUACAAUUCGCUGACCUGACUGAUCCCAUUAUUUUCUUUUUCCCAAUUUCCAAUACCCAAUUUCUGCAUCAGACCUCACCAGAGAUCAAUCACCAAGUGAAGCCAAAAGCACGUUUUGAUCUCACCAUCUCUUUAUCCCUUCGGUUCUGUCCUGCGCAAGCAAAUUUGUUUGAGGAUGCCAAUGAGAAAAUUCAGCUUAUGGAGGAGUAGCUCUUUUCUUUUUUGGGUCGGCGGCUUGCGUUUUUGGACCUGCUUUUUGGCCCAUUGGGCAUGAACUGUGAUGGAAUCGCGUAUACCAUUACCCUUGGGGAUUGUGAAAGUUGUGAGAAAGUUAUCACUCUCCACCGUUUCUACUCCCAGCGUUUCUUUGCCCUCCCUUCUUCAAUCCCCUCUUCGAUACAGAUCCUAAACCCCGUUGUGCAACCUAUCUUGAGAAGAAAGAUAUUGCAAUUCUAUUAUAAAGGGUAAAGAUGAACCUCCCGAAGAUCUUGAACUCCCAUCGAAAUAUUCGCCUGUGUGCCGCUUUUGCUGGUACUUGCUGUCCUAAAAGUGAACAUCCUGAAGUAUUUUAAAUGUCCCGAAUGAAUCUAUUUAAUCUCUCUGUCAUGGGAAGAUUAUGCUGCUCUGAUCAUUAUGGGGCGGGGGGAGGCAUGUAAUAUCUCUCAUUGAUCCCUCGCAUAGGUGCUAGAGGAAACAGGCUUUGACAUUUCCAAGCUCCUGAAGAUGGAUGAUCAUGUUGAAGUCGUAGCUGGGCAGCAAAGGGUUCGGCUCUACAUAAUUGCAGGUGUAAAAGAGGGCACGGUAUUCGCACCGUUGACCAAGAAGGAGAUCAGUGUAUGUGUUGCCUACUGGAACCUACUUUUCGUUCACUCGUCGAUUAAUCUUCGUUUUGUAUUGACUUCUUAAAACAUUUCCGUCUUUCUAAAAAUGGGGCGCCGGUUGCUCUGUUCUUCCCAUGCAGGAAAUUUCUUGGUUCCGGAUUGACGAUCUUCUGCCAGCAGGCGACGACAUGACCUCUCGCGGAGCCAACGGCUUGAAGCUCUACAUGGUCGGGCACUUCUUGGCGUGAGUCUCUCCUCCACCGCGCUCCCGGGCCUUCCCCCCACUCUACUGAUCUCCCGCAUGGGAAUGAAUGGCUUCUUCGUUUAGGCCGCUGAAAGCUUGGAUAUCGGCCCAUCCGCCGGCUACCACCCAGCGAUCAGAUACUCCUGCCAAAGGUACUACUCCCCCGGCUCCUCUCCUGGCCCCUGAAUUGCUCGUUCUCAAUAACCCAGACUCGCCUCCCCCUGAAGAAGCCUCACGAUCGAUGUCAGAAGAACAAACUUGAUUAGUUUGAAGGUUGAAAACACAGAAGAUAUGAAAUGCGUCGGCUAGAGGAUUUCUAAUGUGGACUUUUUUAGAACUUAAUAUUUUCUCUAGUUGAGUGGUUGACCUCGGUGGGAUUGCCGACUGAUAGUUUCCCUUCCCUCCCCUCCUUCCUCCAACUGAAGGGAGCUCCGUGUGGAAGGCGAAGGGCGGCUCGUCCGGCGGCGCCGUCAGCAACGAGAGCGCGUUGCCCAGGGCGGGGUCGGGUGCGCCUGUGGACACCAGACCAGGCAGAAGCUUCAGAAACUUCCGGUUCGACGCGGCGCGCAUCCUGCAAGCGUUGGACACCGGCUUCGGGACUUGA